AUGCAUUUGUCACUGGAUACCAUGAGCAUGGUGGACGACAGUUGCCUCUCGCCAAGUAACUUCCAUGAAAUGGUGAAAGGAGGGGGGGCAUCAGUUGGCGGUCGUGUUCACAGCAUCGACGUCAUCCUGGGCUUCAGUAAGGACCAGGACCCCCUACUCAACCCUGCGGGUGCUGCCGGAACCCAAAAAGCAGAUGUGGAGAGCUUGGGUGACCCUGGAAAGCAGGAUCCCUUACACCCCUAUGGACACCUCCCCACUCUGAGAGACAGCACAGAGCAGCCUGCCUUUCAUGACUCUGGUCUAUUCUCCAACAAAUGCGAGGGAGAACUGAACGAGCUGCGAAAGAGCGUUGAGAGUGACGGGAAAUCGCCUGACCCCCUGGACGAGGAGCAGCCCAAGAAAAAGCACCGCCGCAACCGCACCACCUUCACCACCUACCAGCUUCAUGAGCUGGAGCGCGCCUUCGAGAAGUCCCACUACCCAGAUGUCUACAGCCGCGAGGAGCUGGCCAUGAAGGUCAACCUCCCGGAGGUCCGGGUACAGGUGUGGUUCCAGAACCGUCGUGCCAAGUGGAGGCGUCAGGAGAAGAUGGAUGCCAGCUCCAUGAAGCUGCAUGACUCCCCCAUGCUGUCCUUCAACCGGCCGCCCAUGCACACCAAUGUGGGCCCAAUGACUAACUCCCUGCCCCUCGACCCCUGGCUGACCUCCCCCUUAUCCAGCGCUACACCAGUCCACAGUAUCCCUGGGUUCAUGGGUCCGGCACAGGGCCUGCAGCCUGGCUACUCCAGUCACAGCUUCCUCAACACCCCUCCAGCCAUGGCACAGAGCAUGCAGCCCAUGGCACCUCCCCCUUACCAGUGUCCCGCAGCCUUCACUGACAAAUACCCGCUGGAGGACGUGGACCAGCGCAGCUCCAGCAUCGCCUCCCUGAGAAUGAAGGCCAAGGAGCACAUUCAGUCCAUGGAUAAAACCUGGCAGCCCAUGUGA